UUUAAACAUGGCGACCCGCUGAAGUAAGAGAAUAAAACAGAGACGGUGGAGAUAAAAUCGUUGGUGCCGUUAAUUUGAACCGUUAUUUGAGCCGAUGAUACAUGCGGCUAAUGACGGUGCUGUUGCCGCUGACUCCGCAGAGUUCAUCGAACUGUGGAGGAACGUUAUCAAUGUCAAUGAGGGUAAAACAGCAGCAGAGUGUGAGGAAACCGGUGGGCAGACAAUAAAGAUGCCCCGCACAACAACCGCAACAACAGCCGUGUGUGGAGAUUUACAGAGUCCUAAACGCAGUGGCUUCAGCGGUUUUGCAGGCCUGAGUCAUGGCGACUCACCAAGUGAGGUUGAACCGUCACAAGAUAUUUUCUGGGAUGCAAAUUCUCCCACUCAAGGAAAAGCAGGCAGUGGAAACAGGAACAUCAGAGUUGAAAUAUCAGAUAUUGUGAAUCGUAUCGCUCCGAAGGAAACCACAGUGAAAGCCACCGAGUCCUCUCUGCUGCAGUGGAUCAGCGACAGCGCCGUCCCCUGUACACCAGACGUCCCAGAACCAAGGACGAAGAGAAGAGUCUCCAGACAGACCGUGGACGAACUCCUCAAACUGGCCAGACGGUUCGAUGAGAACAUGCAGCAGGACAAAGAGAGUUCAGAAAAACUGAUCGAUGUCAAUAAGAACCACCAGGACUGUGUGAACCCUUCGGAGGUCAAAAGUUCAGAAACGUCUUCUGGCAGAAACACCGAGGAGGUGAAAUGUUCAUCCAGUUCAGACCGGGUGGAGGCGGAGCUGCAGGCUCUGUUUGACUCGUCCACUCAGAAGGUCAGUGGUCCUUUAAGCCAAGGGUCCUCGGUGUCGGCUUCUUUACCCAAACGACCCGGGACUGGGACCUCAGCUGGAGCCCAACAGUCAGAGCUCAAGAAAACAGCUGCUGAACAAACCUGUGACGACUUCAAGGACAACUGGGAGAGCGACGACGCACUGGACGACUUUUUUGUGCUGGAAAUGUCACCGACCGCUGACAGGACGUCGCACACAGACACGACAGCCACUUUAAAAACAGACGGAGAGACGGAAACGACUCCCUCCAAGUCCGUUUGUAAAAACACCACUAAUACAAACCGUCCACAUCCGACCUCAGGCUCGCACCUGAAGCCAGUACGUCCCAAACCAAAGAGCACCAACAGAAGCACUUUUACGUUAGAGUCCAACCCUCGCUGUCGGCUCAGCACCGAGGCCUCAGAGGUCUCCAACUCUCAACGUUCUGUACUGAAACCAAAGGACCAAAGGUCUGUUACCACGAACACUGCCACGGUCCCUCAACCUGACCGUCAGAGGGACAGCGAUGACGUCAAGGCGUCUGACAGUUUAUGGGACGACGGCGUUGAAGACGCUCUGCUGUACCAGGUGUGUGACACCGUGGAGAGGAUCUCCAACAGUCAGCCCAGAGAGGAGGAACCCGCCGUGGACGGACAGAGGAGCGCCACAGCGCCCGUGCCGAUCCACAGGGUCCGGUCCGCAAACACCGGCGCUAACACUAACCGACGGUCCUCGUGUGCCUUCGUCCGUUCGAACUCGGUCCCGGGCACCAGCAGUCAAAGUGUGAACUAUCGAGGAUGGAGCGUCACCAUGAGAGGAGCCAACAACCAAUCACCAGCCAGGAUAUCUCAGAGCCUCCCGGGAAGUCGCAGGAGUCUGGGAACGUUCAGUCAGUUCAGGGAAUCUCCCGGAAGUGUGGAGCUGCCGACGGCGACCGCCAGACCAACGCCAAAGUCCGAGCUUCAUCACGCAGCCUUCAAGAGAAACGUAACCGACUCGGCGGACAGCAGCAACAAAGUUUUUGUCACCAGUCAGAUGAUGGGAAAGUGCUCGGCCGUGGAGAUCGAGAGGAAGAAACAGGAGGCGUUGGCCCGGAGGAGACGGCGGAUACAGGAACGAACCAAAAGUGCGACGGAGCUGCGUCCAAAAUAGAAGGCAGCGUUGGACAGACUGUGAAUGAACAUCAUCCUGUCAAUAACUGGCUGUCGGAUCAGCAGCCCCGGGCACCAGCACCAGAAAACCCACGGUUCGAGGCCAAGAGAUGAGUCAAAGCUGCUGCAGGUUUUUGUUGCCAAUUCAGAAAAAUCAGAGUUCAGAGUCAGAGCUGCUGCUUGAAAUACUACCUGACACAAACUGAAGACACUUUUGUUUUUUUCUACCCUCACCUCCAGUUCAUAUCUGCACACAGGACGGUGUGUGUGUGUGUGUUAGUGUUUAUAAACCAGACCAAGAUCAUGUGACUUCAACAGGUUAACUGGAAACAUGUCUGUGUUGUGAGAAAGAUCACUGAAGUACCUGAGGGUGCGUUUGAUUUCCUGACCCAGUUCAACUUUUCAUGGUUUUUUUUUUUUUUUUCAUGAAAAUAAAACGUUCUUCUUUG